GGUCAUCUGCUAUCAUCCAAUAUGGCCAAGAUCAGGUACACUGGUAGGGGGAGAUAUGCAAGAUGGGCAAGUUACGAAUCAAAAGACAUGGUCUUCUCACUGAUAUUAGUUGCCCCGCCAAUCAAUUUACAUAGAACCUGUGUGCUCCUGCACAUCUUACUCGUUCAACUAGGAUCACGCGAACACUACAGAUCGAGGACGACAAAAUGCCAGGCGCCCCCCUGUAGAGUACCCAAAUUGACUGUUCACUCUGCUGGGAUAUCUGCUUAUUACGCAUCCUUCCACCAUUUAGUGUACCAUUUAUCAUGUUUUCUUUGCACCAACUGCCCCUGUUUAUGCUUCGUUGAUACCGUACGCACUCAAACGCACUCUCACCUAUCGAGCUGAAAUGUAAAUAUUAAAAUUCACCAACG